ACCGCCCCACUCCGACCUGCAAGCACGCGUCGAACGCGGCUCCUACACCACCGGAUAAUACACGCGAAACAAACCUCACAAACGCCGCCUGAUAGCAGAGUGUUACAACCCGUAUUUUUGUAAAGUGAUAAGGGUGAAAGUAUUUUUUUAUUAAAAUUGUGAUAAGUCAGGCGAGCGGAGGCUCGGGUGGGGCGCGUUCCGCUGACACAGUGGCUCAGUCAGCCGCCGGUCGCCGAGUGGCAAGCACCAUCGAUUUUCUCCAUACGGCCGUACGCGAGUGAUACCAAAAUGCAUAUUGAAGUGCAAGUGGCCCUAAACUUCGUCAUAUCGUACCUGUACAACAAGCUGCCGAGGCGGCGAGUGAACAUUUUCGGUGAGGAGUUGGAGAAGGCCUUGAAAGACAAGUUCCGGGGGCAUUGGUACCCGGACCGACCAUGCCGCGGUUCGGCUUUCCGCUGCCUCAAGACCGGGGGUCCUUUGGAUCCUGUUCUGGAGCGCGCGGCGCGGGAGUCAGGCGUUCCUGUCCGAGAUGUGUUGGAACACCUACCAAGGGAUCUCGCUGUAUGGGUUGAUCCAGGUGAAGUAUCAUACCGCAUCGGGGAGAAAGGAGCGGUGAAGGUGCUCUUCAGCAGCGAUGAGCGUGCCGCCGAUGAGCGGACUGACCGAGAAGUGACCCGCGCGUUCAAUCCUGAGGCCCAGUGCUUCCGGCCGGUGGAGCCUGCAGCCGCCCCGUCGCCGCCCGCGCCUGCCGCCUUUUCCCCCGCGCCGCCAUUCCGCGCACAGCCGCUUACAUUUACCACUGCCACAUUCGCGCAAACCAAAUUCGGCAGCACCAAGCUGAAGACGAGCAGCAAGCGCGCCAACCGCAUGUCUCCCACCGAGUUCAGUAACUACAUAAAGCAGCGUGCAGUGCAGCAGCAGCUGGCGUCGCGAGCGUUGUCUCCAGCUGCCGACCCAGCCGCAUACUUUGUAGGUCGACGCGAGCCCGCUCCUGCCUCUGCGCCCCCGUACCCGCCAGCGCCCGCGCACCUGCUCCUCGCCAACUGAGCCGCGCCCGCGCGCUAGCCGCCCCGCGCGACCCGCUCAUAGAGUCUUUACUUUUUUACGAGAGAGACGCGCGCCGCGAUUUAUUUUUUUAUUUUCCGCGGGGGCGUCCCGCGCCGCCCGCCGCUUGUGAUAUCCGUACGAUUUUCCAUAACUUUUUGUAUUCUCGUUCGUUACGUCGAUGUGUAAAUUUAUCGAUAGGAGCAAUAAUCGGCCGCGCGACUCGCCGGCUAUUUAUUUUCGUAUAAUUAUAAUGCCGAGUCGUUUUUGAUGUCUUCGUUCGGUAUCGAUAUAUUCGUAGGGUGUAAGGGAACGAGAGGCCGAGAGGCCGCGUGCGCUUACGACGACGUACCUUCUAGAGCGAGCCUGUAUACAUAUACGUCCUCCGAUCUAAGAAAUAUACUGAUAUUUAAAUAUUAAUACAUAAUAUAUAUUCGUACGCGAUAAUUAUCUAAUUUUUCACGUGGGAACGAAAGGCCAAUAGAGAAAUUACGUAUUUUUAAUACUUAUUGAAUUCAUACUUACUAUAGUGUACUGGUAUGUAUUACUGUGUACUCGUAUGUAAUAAAAGUUUGCAUAUCCGUUCGGACGGCGUCGGACGGCGCGGCGGGCCGCCCGAAGGCGUCGGAGAUCUCACCUAGUGUAAUCAUCACUCGUACGAUUGUAAUUGUACCCUUAUAAUAUACAUAAUGAUAUAUUAAUAGGAUUAGCUACUUUCAAUCUAACAGUAUUUUUUUAAGAAGAUAUUAGGUCCUUGUGUACAUUACUGGCCAACUGCAUCGCGGAGGCCGGUCUUAGUCUGUAUUGUAUACUUUAUAUAAUAUUGUUAUAAAAGACAUGAAUAUGAAUAAAAGAUAGAAAAAAUAUUUCUCAAUUCAUAAAAUAACGGGUGCAUGCAAAUUCAUGGAAAAUACUAUGUGUUAUUUAUCUUUUUUAUAUUUCACUUAGCAGAUUGGACUCAGUUUUUCAAUGGAGGAAAUUGUAGUGUUCCUAGGUAGUGGGUAGCGGUAUGCGGGUAGACGCAGCUUGUUGUUGUCCUUUGUAAAGCACUGUGCGCUGCGCAGGCGCCUGGCUUGUGGCUCUCGUGUGGACAGUCACUGUUAACUAGUAUUCGAUGCACAACAAUGACAAGUUGCAAAUAUGGAAAUGUGCAACUAUUUUUUACUAUUUUUGUAUUUUGAUUUAGAAUUAAGUCUAGUUGUAUGAUUUCAUUACCUGUACUUUAUGAAUACCCUAUUGAUUAAUUAUGUAAUGUGUAUAUUUGUGGUCCUCGAUUGAAAAACUGGCCAAACUGCUACAGUAUUUUGUAGAUAAAAUCUAUGAUGUAAGUUUAAAUAAAUUAGUGUAAUGAGAUUUUUUAUUAUUAUAAAGAUACUUUUUAUUUUUUUCCUUUUGUAAGAUAUAUUCGAUGGAAGUGUUAAAGAUAAUAUAAUAUUUGCA